AUGGUUGCAUACAGAUAUUUACCGAGUCUGUUCAGUUUCUUAUGGUUGGUGGCAUAUGUCAGUAGUGAAAUAAUUGGCCAAGAGACCAGUUUCCGGCCAGGAACCUUGCCAGAAAGAGGAGGAAAAAAACCUAAUAAUGAUCAAUGCCCACCUUGUUUCAAUUGUAUGCUUCCUAUGUUUGAAUGUAAACAGUUUUCAGAGUGCAAUUCGUAUAAUGGGAGGUGUGAAUGUCUUGAAGGGUUCGGCGGUGAUGACUGUUCUGUGCCACUAUGUGGUGCAUUGAGCGACGAUAACUCCAAGAGGCCGAUGAGAAGCAACGAAACUAACACGUGUGAGUGUAGUCCAGGUUGGGGCUCUAUCAAUUGUAACGUCUGUCAAGAAGAUUCUGUUUGUGAUGCCUUCAUGCCCAGUGGUUUGAAGGGGACAUGUUAUAAGAAUGGUAUGAUUGUCAACCAAUUCCAUCAAGGAUGCAAUGUUACAAAUACGAAGAUUGUGGAGAUCUUGAAGGGGGCAAUUCCUCAGGUUACUUUCUCAUGCAAUAAGACUUCUGAGUUAUGCAAUUUUCAAUUUUGGAUUGAUCAAGUCGAGAGCUUUUACUGCGGGUUAGAUACAUGUGCAUUUGAGUAUGAUUUGCAAAAGAAUGUGUCACACUAUAAAUGUGAGAACGUUAAGUGUAAAUGUGUUCCUGGCGAAAUGCUUUGUGGUAGAAAGGGGUCUAUUGAUAUUUCCGAUUUCUUGACUGAAACAAUUAAGGGUCCUGGUGACUUUAGUUGUGAUUUGGAAACAAAAAAAUGUAAAUUUUCGGAACCUAGCAUGAAUGAUUUAAUCCUAACUGUAUUUGGAGAUCCUUACAUUACGUUGAAAUGUGAAUCUGGUGAAUGUGUUCAUUACAGUGAGAUUCCGGGCUACAAAAUUCCAGAUAAAGACCGUUUGUCAACGUCAUCCAUUCUAGUUCUUGUUUUGAGUUCUGUGGGGAUAUUUGCUGUCGCGUCUAUUGCCAUCUACUUCAUUUCUAAAAGCCCUAUAUUUUCCAAUGGCCCAAUUAAGCUAUCUGAUGGUGACGAUGAGGAUGAUUUUGACCUUUUCAAAACAAAUUCAAGUGCAACUUUGACUUUUGAAAAUAUCACUUAUGAGGUGUCUCCUGCUAAGAAUGUGACUGCUGACGUAUUGAAUGAAGUCACAGGAUCUGUUAAACCUGGUGAGAUGUUAGCCAUUAUGGGCGGUUCAGGCGCUGGUAAAACUACUUUGCUUGAUAUCCUUGCCAUGAAGAACAAAACUGGUAAAGUUACCGGCUCAAUAAAGGUUAACGGUGUAGAUAUCGAUAAGGAUAAAUAUUCUAAGAUUAUCGGAUUUGUCGACCAAGAGGACUACUUGUUACCGACGUUGACAGUUUAUGAAACUGUAUUGAACAGUGCUUUAUUGCGUUUGCCUAGACAACUAAGCUUCAGUGCUAAACAAAGACGAGUAUACGAUGUUUUGGAAGAAUUAAGGAUUUUCGACAUUAGAGAUAGAGUAAUUGGAAGUGAAUAUGAAAGAGGCAUCAGUGGUGGUGAAAAGAGAAGAGUUUCCAUUGCUUGCGAAUUGGUUACUUCUCCUCAGGUUCUUUUCCUUGAUGAGCCAACUUCAGGGUUAGACGCUAACAAUGCUAACAAUGUUAUAGAAUGCUUGGUUAGACUAGCUAAUCAUUAUAACAAAACGUUGGUUCUUUCCAUCCAUCAACCAAGAUCCAGCAUUUUCCAACUGUUUGAUAAAUUGGUUCUUUUAAGCAACGGUAAAAUGGUUUAUUCUGGAGAUGCUCAUAAAGUCAAUGAAUUCUUGAAAAAUGAGGGUUAUGCCUGUCCACCGGAUUACAACAUUGCUGAUUAUCUAAUUGAUGUGACUUUUGAACCAUCUAAAUUUGUUACGAGGGCAAAUAUCGAUGACCUUGAGGCUACACUACCUACUACAGAGGGUCUUAACCCAGUUCACAGGGUUGAGCCGCAUCGCCGUUCUUUGACUGGAAGCCCAACACAGACAGAGUGGGAACAUCUGGCUCUUCACAGGGACGAAUUUAGGGAUUUGUUAUCUCAGUCCGAAAACGAGGGCCAAACUGUGGGUGAUGUCAACACGCACCUAUUACAUUCUCUUUUCAAAGAUGGUGCAUAUUUCCAGAAACUGAAGUUUGAAAUUAAUGAAAUUUUGUCUGCCGGUAUAAACGAAGAAUUAAGAAUUCCACAAGCAUACAAAGCGGCAACUUUCUUGCAGCAACUCUCAAUUUUGAGUUCAAGAACGUUCAAAAAUGUCUGCAGGAAUCCAAAGCUAUUGUUAGGUAACUACGUCUUGACGGUAGCUUUGGGUUUAUUCCUGGGUAUCCUAUACUAUAAUGUUGAAAACGAUAUCAGUGGAUUCCAAAACAGACUAGGCCUUUUCUUCUUUAUUUUAACGUAUUUCGGUUUCCUGACAUUCACUGGGUUAAGCUCCUUCUCUUUGGAAAGAUUGAUUUUUAUCAAGGAACGUUCCAAUCAUUACUAUUCUCCGCUAGCGUAUUACAUUUCAAAAAUACUAUCUGAUAUUAUUCCAUUACGUGUGGUACCACCUAUCCUACUUGGGUUAAUACUUUAUCCUUUGGUUGGUUUAAAUAUGAAUGAUAAUGGGUUCUUCAAAUUUGAAGGUAUUCUAAUCUUAUUCAACCUUGCCAUCUCACUGGAGAUUUUGACAGUUGGUAUCAUUUUUGAAGACUUGAAUAACUCGAUUAUAAUCAGUGUUUUGAUAAUCCUUGGUUCUUUGUUAUUCAGUGGAUUAUUCAUCAACACUAAGGAUAUUAACAAUAUUCUGUUCAAAUAUUUGAAGAACCUUUCAGUGUUCUAUUACGCCUACGAAUCUUUGAUUAUCAAUGAAGUCAAGUCUUUGGUUCUUAGAGAGAAGAAGUAUGGUCUCAAUAUUGAAAUCCCAGGUGCCACUAUCCUAAGCACAUUCGGUUUCAUCGUACAAAACCUAGUGUUCGAUGUCAAAAUACUAGCGCUAUUCAAUGUCAUAUUCCUAAUAUUCGGCUAUUUCGCUCUUAAGUUGAUAGUUAUUGAGCAAAAGUGA